AUGAAGCAGAGCAGUACACCUUACUCAGACAUCCGCCGAGAUGCGGAGCGUCACAACGACUCCAUGACCGACGUCAGUGAAUCGUUACUCAGCGAAGACGACCACAAGCACUGGAAGCAAGCAGAUAUCGAGAACGGAUGCACAACACAGAGAAGUCGAUGCGCCAAAAAGUGCGAGGUCAUUCGGCGCUGGCGCUGGCUAUUCGACACGGCACUCAUGCUCGUCAUCGUCGGUCUCCUCGUCGAGAGACGACACCUACUGGCCCCAAGUCGCGACAAACGUCUCGAGCCCGUCGGUGACCUCACAGGCUUCGCACCCGAAUUCUCCCAGCAAGUAACAACAUUCCACCCGACGACAGACUUUGUCCCAGACGACCCGAAGAAACUAUUCAGCAACACCUCGAUUAUGGAGAACUGGCUCUCCAUCGUGCCCAAGGGCCUCGGAUACCUCGAAGUCAAGGACCCAAAGGCACACGACAACCUCCCGGUGCCCCUUCCCGAAUUUGCCCCGCGAACCGUUUUCACGACUUCGAUGACCCACCAGUUGCACUGCUUGUACGCCAUUCUCGAGAGCUACGCGGGUAUGUCCGUGAACGGGAGUGCCAACGUCGACAUGCACUCGCACAUCCCGGAGGGCACCGAGGGCGCGGACGGGCCGUGGCAUCUCCAGCAUUGCUUCGAGUAUCUCAGGCAAGCAAUUCUUUGCGCAGGCGAUGUCGCGCUCGAGGGAACGCAAACGACGUUCCCUCCAGGGUUCACUGGAAGCGACGGCUGGGAUGCGAAGCAUGUCUGCAAAGACCCGAAGCAAGUGUACGAUUAUCUGGACAAGAACAGGGCACUGGAUGACCACUGGAUUUGA